GCUUCCUGAUCUUGCUGGCCGUGGUCCUAGGAGCUGGGGGACCAUGGACAUUGAAGCAUACUUUGAAAGAAUUGGCUAUCAGAACUCCAGGAACAAACUGGACUUGCAAACAUUAACUGAAAUCCUUCAGCACCAGAUACGAGCUAUUCCCUUUGAAAACUUGAACAUCCAUUGUGGGGAAUCCAUGGAGCUGAGCUUAGAGGCCAUCUUUGAUCAAAUUGUGAGGAAGAAGAGGGGUGGGUGGUGUCUCCAGGUUAAUCAUCUCCUGUACUGGGCUCUGACCAAAAUGGGCUUUGAAACCACAAUGUUGGGAGGAUAUGUCUUUAACACUCCAGCUAACAAGUACAGCAGUGGUAUGAUUCACCUACUAGUACAGGUGACCAUCAGUGACAAGGACUACAUUGUUGAUGCUGGGUUUGGACGUUCCUACCAGAUGUGGGAGCCUCUGGAAUUAGCAUCAGGGAAGGAUCAACCUCAGGUGCCGGCUAUCUUCCGUUUGACAGAAGAGAACGGAACCUGGUACUUGGACCAAAUCAGAAGAGAACAGGAUGUCCCAAACCAAGAAUUUGUUAACUCAGAUCUCCUUGAGAAAAACAAAUACAGAAAAAUCUAUUCUUUUACUCUUGAACCCCGCACUAUUGAGGACUUUGAGUCCAUGAAUACCUACCUUCAGACAUCGCCAGCAUCUGUGUUUACAAGCAAAUCAUUUUGUUCCUUGCAAACCCCAGAAGGGGUUCACUGUUUGGUGGGUUCCACCCUCACCUAUAGGAGAUUCAGUUAUAAAGACAAUGUAGAUCUUGUGGAAUUUAAGAGUCUGAAGGAGGAAGAAAUAGAAGACAUACUGAAAACUAUAUUUGGUGUUUCUUUAGAGAGAAAACUUGUGCCCAGGCAUGGUGAUAAAUUUUUUACCAUUUAGAAUAAGCAGCAGUACAAGUUUUCAGUGUCUCUCGAUGUACUUGGACUUUUUAUGAUAAAUUUUCAAGCAUAUGUAUGGUAUAUGUAAUCACGUGAGUCUUUUUGCAUUCAUACCCUAGCUUACCAGUUACUGGUAACUAAUAAUUUGUUGUAUCCUCUCUACUCCUAUAUUUUAAACAGCAAUAAUUGCAUCUUGGAUAAACCUCAUUGGCUAUGAUACUGCCACUGUGCCUAUAUUUUAACAAAAGAAAACUAGACAUUUCAUUCAUAAAAUAUCAGCACUUCUGGUUACAUGGCUUUUGAAUGAGACAUAGCUAGAAACUAGCCAUUCAAAGAGUUCUUUAUUGAUGACAUGCAUACACUGGUGACCAUGCCGAUGUGUACAAGAAAACACCCAACAUUGGCUUACUGCUAAAUUCAUGCGGAAUUUGUGCUAAUAGUUGCAUAAAAGAAGUAGUGAGAAAAGCAUUCCCCUUAAUUUAACCAGCGUGAAUCCAAUAUCUAAUUUUUAUGAGAUAUUAUCUGUAUAAUUUAGGAUUUGUUUGCAGCAAAGAAGAAUGGGUGUUAAUGCUGGUUCCAAUUAACUAUGUAGUCUUCAGUAUAUGACUUAUCCCAGUACUUAGGGAUAUGUGGUUAGGACUAAAGAGGACCAGUCACACCUAAUGAUUUCCUUCUGUGUUGUUUUUGUAUUCAGUUCCUUUUAUGCUGUUUUUCUUACUGUGGAAACAAACACCAAUAUUUAGAAAUUUGAGCUUCCAUAUAAAAAUGUAUGUCUAAAAUAAU